GCGAGUUGGCGCAUGCGUCGUGGCUGACGUCACACGGGGAGAAGUACCCGGAUGCGCAGCCGACAUCCGCCGACACGCGACGCUUUCAUGUGCCACGCUACGAUUAGCUAUGAUUCCCUCACCUCAUGCACGCAGACCGAGCCUCCAUUCGUCAUCGAGCAAAGACGGAGGACGGCAUGGCGACGGCUACCAUAGCAGCGGCGGCAGCAGCGACAGUGAAUCGAAGCACGGUUACGAGUACCAACCCGACGGUAAAGGAUACGGUGGCGGUGGCGGUCACGAUGACAACGGCUACCAUGACGGCCAUGACGCACAUUACAGGAGCAGCAACGAUAACAAGGGCAAUGGCAAUCACAAUAGCUAUGGUAAUGAUGAUUACCAUGGCGACAACAACAAAGACUUUUACAGUGGCUAUGGUAAGGAUGAUUACCAUGGCAACAACGACAAAGACUUUCGCGGUGGCUAUGGUAAGGAUGAUUACCAUGGCAACAACGACAAAGCGCACAGUGGCCUACGGUUAUAAAGAGGAUCCCAUGACAGAACGGCGAUGGCUAUUCACAUAA